AUGGAUAACCAGGACAUUGAAAUUAAUGAAGUAUUUGACUUGAUGGACACAAGUGGGCAAAUGACAAUUAGCACAAGAGAUUUUAAAUUUGCAUUAAAAGCAUUAGGAUUAGAACUGCCUCGAGAUCAAUAUAUACAAUUAUUAUCUAGAAUGGAGAAAGACCAAAAAGGUUUAAUAAAAAAGGAAAUAUUUAUUAAAGAAAUGAGUAAAGUAUUGCCAAAAAGAGAUGUUAAGAUUGAUAUGAUUAAAGCUUUUCGAUUGAUUGAUGAAGAUGACACAGGAAAAAUAGAUUUUAACAAUUUAAAGAAUCUUGCCAUAUUACUAGGGGAACAAGUAUCUGAUGAGGAUAUAAUCAAUAUGUUAAAUGCUGCAGAUGAAGAUGGGGAUGGACAAGUGAACUUAACUGAGUUUAUGAGGAUCAUAGAAAGAGCU